UUUUCCGUUAGGAAUCCGGCGAGGAAAUACAUGCACUCACUGAGAAUCGCCGGCGCCAGGGCGCAGCGCCACAAGGUGUAGCGAGAGAGUGGGGUGGGGCGAGAGGGGACCCACGAGUCCCCCAGGCUCCCAGCGCGCCUGCUGCCUGCUCUUCAUUCCUGCCCUCGGGGCGGACAGAGUGACCCCGGCUCCAGUUCCCUGCCCCGACCAUGGUAGUGUUCAAUGGCCUUCUUAAGAUCAAAAUCUGCGAGGCCGUGAGCUUGAAGCCCACAGCCUGGUCGCUACGCCAUGCAGUGGGACCCCGGCCACAGACUUUCCUUCUGGACCCCUACAUUGCUCUCAAUGUGGACGACUCGCGCAUCGGCCAAACAGCCACCAAGCAGAAGACCAACAGCCCGGCCUGGCAUGAUGAGUUCGUCACUGAUGUGUGCAAUGGGCGCAAGAUCGAGCUGGCUGUCUUUCACGAUGCUCCUAUAGGCUACGACGACUUCGUGGCCAACUGCACCAUCCAAUUCGAGGAGUUGCUGCAGAAUGGGAGCCAUCACUUCGAGGACUGGAUUGAUCUGGAGCCAGAAGGAAAAGUGUAUGUGAUCAUCGAUCUCUCGGGGUCCUCAGGUGAAGCCCCUAAGGACAAUGAAGAACGAGUGUUCAGGGAGCGUAUGCGGCCAAGGAAGCGGCAAGGGGCUGUCAGACGCAGGGUCCACCAGGUCAAUGGCCACAAGUUCAUGGCCACCUACCUUCGGCAGCCCACCUACUGCUCCCACUGCCGAGAUUUCAUCUGGGGUGUCAUAGGAAAACAGGGAUACCAAUGUCAAGUUUGCACUUGCGUCGUCCACAAGCGAUGUCAUGAGCUCAUUAUUACGAAGUGUGCCGGGCUAAAGAAACAGGAAAUCCCUGACGAGGUGGGCUCUCAGCGGUUCAGUGUCAACAUGCCCCACAAGUUCGGGAUCCACAACUACAAGGUCCCCACGUUCUGUGACCACUGUGGGUCCCUGCUCUGGGGCCUCUUGCGGCAGGGCCUGCAGUGUAAAGUCUGCAAAAUGAAUGUUCACCGUCGAUGUGAGACCAACGUGGCUCCCAACUGCGGGGUGGAUGCCAGGGGGAUUGCCAAAGUGCUGGCUGAUCUGGGCGUUACUCCAGACAAAAUCACCAACAGCGGCCAGAGGAGGAAAAAGCUCGUUGCUGGUGCUGAAUCGCCACAGCCGGCUUCAGGAAACUCUCCGUCUGCAGAUGAUCGAUCCAAGUCAGCGCCCACCUCCCCUUGUGACCAGGAACUAAAAGAACUUGAAAACAACAUCCGGAAGGCCUUGUCGUUUGACAACCGAGGAGAGGAGCACAGAGCAUCAUCAUCUACCGAUGGCCAGCUGGCAAGCUCCGGCGAGAACGGUGAAGUCCGGCAAGGCCAGGCCAAGCGCUUGGGCCUGGAUGAGUUCAACUUCAUCAAGGUGUUGGGCAAAGGAAGCUUUGGCAAGGUCAUGCUGGCGGAACUCAAGGGCAAAGAUGAAGUGUACGCUGUGAAGGUCUUAAAGAAGGACGUCAUCCUCCAGGAUGACGACGUGGACUGCACGAUGACGGAGAAGAGGAUUUUGGCUCUGGCUCGCAAACACCCUUACCUAACUCAACUCUAUUGCUGCUUCCAGACCAAGGACCGCCUCUUCUUCGUCAUGGAGUAUGUCAACGGUGGAGACCUCAUGUUCCAGAUUCAGCGGUCCCGAAAAUUCGACGAGCCCCGUUCCCGGUUCUAUGCUGCAGAGGUCACGUCAGCUCUCAUGUUCCUUCACCAGCACGGCGUGAUCUAUAGGGAUUUGAAACUGGACAACAUCCUUCUAGAUGCGGAAGGUCACUGCAAGCUGGCCGAUUUUGGGAUGUGUAAGGAAGGGAUUCUGAACGGCGUGACGACUACCACCUUCUGUGGGACUCCUGACUAUAUAGCCCCCGAGAUCCUGCAGGAGUUGGAGUACGGUCCCUCAGUGGACUGGUGGGCCCUGGGGGUGCUGAUGUAUGAGAUGAUGGCUGGGCAGCCCCCCUUUGAAGCUGACAAUGAGGACGACUUGUUUGAAUCCAUCCUUCACGACGAUGUGCUCUACCCUGUCUGGCUCAGCAAGGAGGCCGUCAGCAUUCUGAAAGCUUUCAUGACCAAGAACCCUCACAAGCGCCUGGGCUGUGUGGCCGCCCAGAACGGGGAAGACGCCAUCAAGCAACACCCAUUCUUCAAGGAGAUUGACUGGGUCCUGCUGGAGCAGAAGAAAGUCAAGCCCCCCUUCAAGCCAAGAAUUAAAACCAAAAGAGAUGUCAAUAAUUUCGACCAAGACUUUACCCGGGAAGAGCCGGUACUUACACUUGUGGAUGACGCAAUAGUGAAGCAGAUUAACCAAGAGGAAUUCAAAGGCUUCUCCUACUUUGGUGAAGACCUCAUGAUGCCCUGAGAAUGCUGCUUCCGGUGGAGUUAGCUGACGCUGCAGGAGGGUGCUGAGAAAAUCCCGUGUUGCAGAGGCUCAGAAGGUCUCGAACUCUUCCUCCUUCCCAGAGCCCCAGUCCCGUGUCCACUCUAUUUAUUGCAAUCCCCUCCUCCCAGGCCAUGUCCUUCCCCACCCUCCCAGUGACCAGAAGGCACUCUUGGGUCUAGACUCAACCAGGAACACAGAUGAUUUGAAUGGUGUCUGCUCUGUGGGUCGCUGUGCGCAGUGCUGGAUUUGGAUGGUCCGUCCAUCGGCAACGCUGAAGCAACUUCAGUUCUUUUAUCACAAAGGAAUCAAACAAACCCAACACGAAGACUCCAGCUCUGCCACUGGUGAUGGAACCCAGACUCCGCUCUUUUCUCAUUCCUCCUGUUCCCCGGCCUGCCAUCCCUGCCCUUCUACCUAGGACAAGAGACUGGUGCUUCUUCCUGUGAGGGCAGGUGCCCCAAGGCAUGCCCUUGAUGAGAGGAGCCUGGGGAUGCUCAGACUGGCCGACAGCGUGUGUCAGUUUGCUCUGGAAUUGCACAUUCCUGCUUGCUUUGGUUUUAGCUUUUUUUGAGCAUGCCAAAGUUGUGUACGUUUGUAUCUCAUGGAAGAAAUCAUUUUGAUUUUGAACGCUUAACAUUUAAAAAAAAACAAAAACAAAGAAACUGUUACCAGGUUCACUUUCUAAUUGGCCAAAAGAUAGACAUCCCAGUGUGAAUGCAGGUAGAUAUUAAAGGGCUAAUACACAGUGAGAAUCCAGUCGUCCAAAGUUUGAUGCUUUAGUGACACAUGAGGGCUACUGCAAAGAGAGCAAAGGAAACUCUGGCUUCUCAUCACGACCAUCCUCCCUGAGCACAAAGGCCACCAGAGCAACAGCCAAGACCCUGGGGUUCCAAAAAACUCAACUCCCAAGUUCUCUCUCCAAGUUUUUUCCCCCCAAGUUCCCAGCGUAAACUCUAUUUUCUGUGCACUUCUACAAAAUGGUAGUACCACUGUGUUGUGGUUUGAGACAUUCAGUAUCUGCUUGGGAAUGCAAGGAAGGAAACUCAGCCUGGGUCAGGCAGAAGGUGUCAGGAGACUGAUGAGCGGAUGAUCUGAAGACUGACGAGGUAGUGGGAUGUGGCCAGAGUUUUGGUGACAUGCGAUGGCAACUCACGUGGACUCUAUGUAACGGACUGGUGUUACCUCCUGUAGAUACGCUGACAGUGUUAGUCUUUGACUCCCAAGGGUUCUCUGUGACUUUGUGUAUAUGUUCCCUGAAGGUCAUUUGAUUACCUAUUUUAUUGAACUGAUUUAGCAGGGAAUGGAAUCCAUUCCAGCUGUUGCACGUGGAUUUCCCAACUGCCCCUAAUUAUAUAUACUUGUGAGUGGCUAAGUGGUACCAAUGAAGCUUUUGGCCUUUUGUACAUUUGAAGUUUGUUUGGUUUUUUUUUUUUUUUUUUUUUGGUUUUUUUUUCUUUUUUUUCUUUUUUUUCUUUUUUUGUAUAUAGUGUUUGCUGCAAGGCCUGUGGAAUUAAUUCAUUGAAUAUAGAGGUAUCAACUGCUGCAUGUUCAGGCAUAUUAUAAAAACUUUAGUCGAUGAAAGAAUAACUAUAAUAAUGUCCAGGUGCAAUCCUCUUAUCAGCUAUUGGUUCAAGUUACUGAGAGAGAGGUAUGUUUCUUUCUAGGGAGGGCCGGGGUCCUUUAUAUUGUUUAUUUCCUUUGGGGUUGAAGAUGUAACCAUAUGAUGAGCUAUAUGAAAUUCACAGCAGGUUCUCCUGUGCUCCUUCACGUCCUGAAAGAGAUGGCCGGCGGAGAGGAAUGUUCUCCAUAGUGGUUGCCAAGCUUGGACAGUGACUAUUUUGAGCCCAUACUAAGUGUGUCCCUAUUUGCAUCUGGCUGGCCACAGCCUUUGUUACUGAUGAUGACCUUCAGUUCUCUUUUGCUUUUUUUUUUUUUUAAAUGAAAAACUCAGGUGUAACUGUGAUCUGUUCUUAUGAUGAUUGCAAAUAUUAAAUACUAUGCUGUAUCAAUCUGUAUGUUUGGCAUACCAGGGAAGUGAUGAAGAACAUUAGGUUAAUUUAAUUUAUCUUCAGUGACUUGACAUGCUGGGGGAAGACUAUCUUUUGGAGUGGCUAACAAGCACAGAAACAUCUUCAUGGUGGUAUCAUCUCAUUGCUUAGAAAAACAUGAUAAUACGCCCAUCAUACUCAGAUAUAAUCUCUCUCUCUCUCUCUCUCUCUCUCUCUCUCUCUCUCUCUCUCUCUCUCUCUCUCUCCUCUCCCUCUCCCUCUCCCUCUCCCUCUCCCUCUCCCUCCCUCCCUCCCCUCUCUCUCCUCAGCUUCCUUUAUUGUUGUGAAUGUUGGACAGCCAGUAUCAAGUGGCUGUUUUCCAGGGCUUGGUGGUAUUCACAUGACAGUCGGGGCUAGGCCCUUCUUCCCAGCCAGCUGGCGCUGUGGCUGGGAAAUCCAACCAUACACUCCACCAGCAAGCAGUAGGCAGUCAGCCCCCUGGCUCCCUUUUGGUGCCCAUAGCCGGCUGUCUAGGAUGCCUCUGGCCAAUGCUGUUUUCACACUGGCAGAUUUGGAUCCAAUGGAGACCUUACACCUGUGUGUGUUGCUUGGGUGUAUACUGAGUCCUUUCAGCAAGAACUUAGCAGAGGGAAUGUGGCUCGGUGGUAGAACUCUUGCCUGGUUGGUGUAGAGCCCUGUGCUCAGGCUCCAGUAUCUCACACACAGAGCAAGGUUGAGGAUGGCCACACCGAUACAUUUCUGCCAGUUCCUUAUCUUUUCAACUCUCACUCUCUUUCUUUUAGAGAAAAAAAAAAGAGUGCAAAAAAAUGCCAAAAGCCUACAUGAAGGAUAGUAUUUCCUCCAUUCCUCUCCUUUAUGGACUUUGUGAAGUAGAAACAUAUUUUUUUUCCUCCAAAGGUGAAAACACAAUUCAUUCUUGCUUUAAAAAAAUAAAAGAAGGCUAAAAAAAUUACCUCUUUUUAAAUUAUGUGCAAAAUAAUUCUGGCUAAAUAGAAAACGUAUUCAAUUUUAGGGAUUUUAUUUUGUAUUGUGAGGCUUUCUUUGUACACUUUUUUUUUUCCUUUCUGGAUGUGAUUUUAAUCUCUUGCCAUCCAUUAGUGUAAUUUCAUUGUAAACAUUAUUGUGCCAAAUGUACUGUAUUCAAAAGGAUGUGAAUGUGUGUUGUUCCAGAACGUAAUAAAUAUGAUGACGUUAAAUCUUA